CUGUCUUGCACACAGCAGUGAAGUGAUAGGUUCAAAUUGCUUCCGGAGACUGCCUCAGACCAUGGGCCCGUCUGGAACAAGGGCACGGGUAGUUUUUACAUGUUAGUGCCGCAGGAAGAAGUACGUGGGGCCACAGCUAUCCUGGCUGUAUAAGAAGAGGACGAGGCCCGCCCCUUCUCUGCCUACAAACCUCGCACACCUUUUUUAUCACGCUGUCCAAGUCCGAAUCCAUCUAGAUGCCCGCUGUGCCACCCUACACCUCACCCACUGAUAAAUGGGACCGCCGCCUUUUCAACAAGAGGAUGCUUGAGGGGUAUGACCCGGCGGAGAACUACUUCACUCCCCGCGCGUCCACGUCUCGCGCGAAUCCCCUCACGCGGUCAUUUUACGCGAUGCAGGGCGAGACCUCGGGGCGCACGACCCGCCCCAAUCACACAGCGCGACCGCAGGCCACACAUCCGCAGACAGACUUGCCGCACCGCCGGGGGCAGGGGGAUGCACACCGGGUCCGGCAUCAGCCGCAGCGGCCGCUUGGAGCUUUGGCCCGGGGUAGGGAAGAGGUGGUCUAUUGCAGUCUGGGACCCGUGUACAGCUUUCCCGGUCGUGAUUCGGUCAUCCCAGCGACCGUCCAUGCGAUCUUGUACACCCUGCCUUGGGCCCGCGCGAACCUCCUCCGGGAUCGGAACUUUGAGUCCUUCUUGAGGAAGCUCGGUUUGGGCGAGUUUCCGGGAGAUCUAGGACGCACGCCGUGCAUUGUGACGGAUCACGAUUACGGUGAGAGCGAUCCAGCGAACGAGAUACAGCACCCACGUCAGCUGACGAGACAGCGGUGUGCAGAUUAUCUCCGACUCGACGCCGUGAUUGUCACAGGGAAUGAAUCCAUCGACGACGAUGCCGGCGGG